AUGUCUGAAGACAUAUGCGAUGGCAGCCCAUCUGAAGAAAAAUCUGAAGUAAUGGAAGUGCCCAGCAAUGAGGUAUUGCCUCACGAGUCAGUGCCAUGCCUCGUGGAAGCUGAGGUCUUGCACGAGUCUUCACAAGAUGAACGUGGACAAGCCACUGAGAGUCCCAGGGAUAGACAGGAAGGAGACGUAUUUAUUAAUGAAAACCCUUUGACUGAAAAAAUAAUUGAAAGUUUGCCUUCCAAUGGAGAGGCGACUGAAGACAUGCCCACAGAGUGCAAUGAAACCGUAAGCCUUGAUACAGAACCUGAAUCUGAAGAAACACUGCAUGAACAAAACAGUCCAACUGCAGACUCCUCAUCUAAAUCAAGUAGAUGGGGAGCUUGGGGUACCUGGGGAAAGUCUCUCCUGUCAUCAGCUUCUGCCACAGUGGGUCAUGGGAUAACAGCAGUAAAAGAAAAAGCAGGAACUACCCUAGGGAUUCAUAACACAAGUUCAGCAUCUUCUGAAACAGCAGAGCCUCCUGCAGCAGAAACACCAGUUAUACAAGCAGAAAAUUCUCUGGACCAAAGCUCUUCUGAGAAUAUUCCUUCUUCUCCUUCAUCUGGAUCUCGUGGCAUGUUGUCAGCUAUCACUAAUGCUGUACAGAACACAGGGAAAAGUGUAUUAUCUGGAGGCUUAGAUGCUUUGGAAUUUAUUGGGAAGACAACCAUGAAUGUCCUUGCAGAAAGCGAUCCUGGAUUUAAAAGAACCAAAACACUGAUGGCAAGAACAGUUUCUCUAUCUCAGCUGUUGCGUGAAGCUAAAGAAAAAGAGAAACAGAGGCGGGCCCAGCAAGUCACAGUUGAAAGAACAGCACAUUAUGGUUUACUGUUUGAUGAAUUCCAAGGUUUAUCUCAUCUUGAAGCUCUGGAAAUCCUGUCAAAUGAAAGUGAAGCUCAG